AUGGUGGAGCUCGAAAAGUUCUUCUACGACGAAAGCGACGCUGUGGACACCGCACAAUCCUCUUCGUCAAGCUCAACUUCGAAUUACCAAGGCUCUCGGAUGCUAAAGGAACGACGUGUGUCGACGACCUACACGAAGGAGGGAUCGCGUCGGUCGCAAGACAUACCAAGCGAUCGCAGCCUGCAGGGCACAACAGUGGUAUGCUCUUCAACCCGAGAGCCAAGCGUAGAUCAGGAAGAGUCGAAGUGAAGUAGUUUUGUUGACGAAAACCCUAUCCCCGCGAGAGAUACCGGCAGUUGCUCACGUGGACGCGAAGAUCGCCGGAACCUCGAAAGCGGGUGCAGCUGUACGUACGUGUCUGGUAGCAGCCUUUUUCGAUAGUCGAUCAAUACUCGAAAGAUGAUUCGCUUCAC